UAUAUAUAUUGAUGUAUGUAUAUAUACACGCAAGAGAAAGAUUAAUUAAGCAAUUAGUAGAGAACAUGUAUGUGACAAGGCCUCUGUCACUGUAUCGAAGGUCUCCUGAGUGUCUCACAGAGCCACCUCCAGAGGGUCCAAAUUCUGGGUAUCUUGUGCUCUUGGAUGAAGAAGCCGAGACUACUGUUUGCUUUGGAUUAUGCAAGGCAUGUUAUAUCGGAGACCUGCCGUUCCCUCAGAAUAAGGAUCUGACAAUUAUAUAUCGAGAAGGAGAUAAUGUCAAUUAUGAAGUUCUUUUCAUUCCAGUUCUUAAUCAGCCUUUAUCCUCCAAGCAAUACUAUGUCAUACGCCGGAAAGGGAAACAUAAAGGGAAAGCAUGCACAAAUUCAAAGGAAGAGGACAAGUCCAGCUGCUGUUGCUUCCCUCGUGUUAAAGAUGUUAAACCAAGACCAUUGGUCCCCACAGACACUUACCAGCAAGUUGAGAUGUUUCGUAGCAAGUGUUGGGGGUUUUCAGCAAAAUCUGUUGCUCCAGAUGGGAUUCCUCCUGACUAUUUGAGGACGAAAGGUUGGGAUGUUCGUAAGGCAACACCCAAAAAUUACCAACUAAAUGAAGCUGCAGGCCUCAACUCUUCUCUUCGAAAUCGUCUCCCACACUUCAACUUCUCAUUAUUUGGUACUGAAUCAUCUUCUAAACCGGUUGUUAUUGGGAAGUGGUAUUGUCCUUUUGCAUUUGUACAUGAAGAAGAAAUGGAGUUGGAGGAUCAGAUGAAUACGUCUACAUUUUAUGAAGUUACACUUGAGCAGAGAUGGGAUAAGAUUUUUGCAUGCGACAAUACAGAGAUGACGAAGACCAAGGAGGUUUUUGUAGAUGUUAUUGUUCAAAAGGAAGAGGUCUUCAUUGGUGGAGUUUUUGGAGAUGGUAAAGAUGUGAUCAGCAAUGGGGUAAUGUGGUUUACUACGAGGAGUGAUGGUGAAGGAAAAGAGAAAAGAGUGGGCUUGAGUAUGUUAGUUGUUGAGAGAAUGAAAUGGGAGGAAGAAAGAGUUGGAUGGAAGGCUGGUGGUGAAGGACAAGUGAGAUUGAAGAAUGCAGUGGAGUUUGAAGGAAUAGAUGAAUAUUGGACAAAAUUUGGCUGUUUUGUGUUGGUGGAGAGGUUUGUGUUUAAAAGAAUGGAUGGAAGUACUGUGUUGACUUAUGAUUUUAAGCACACCCACCAGAUUAGGUUCAAAUGGGAAUGAGAAUUUCUUAUUUAAUUUAGGACAUCUAAGUGUUGUAACUUAUAUAGAUGAAUAAGCAUUCCAAUAGUUUCUUUCCAGGUUUUUGUUUUGAUUUUAUUUUUGCAUUGUAGUGUACGUGAUUACCACAGAGUCCUUUGAUAUAUGAAUUUGUUUUCUGGAAAUUAACAUUAUGUAAAUUCUCUGUCAUUUCAUAA